AUGCCUAUUGCCAAUGACAGGAAAAGGGGUCGUACCCUUGAUUUCAAGGAAGCUGUGGUAUUGGAAAAUCCUGGCAAUCUAGCCCUCCAAGGUGAGGUGGAUGACAAGUAUCAAUACUCGUGCAACACAAAGGAUAACCGAGUACAUGGAUGGAUUAGCUCGGAAUCAAAGAUGCUGAAAGAAAUCAAGAAAUGGUCGUAUGAUUUCCCAGCUUCAACUGAUUAUGUUCACGCGGCUCAGCGUGGUACUAUCACAGGCCGGUUGCUUGUACGCGACAACUACCUCAAUCGAGGUAAAAUCAUCCCAGCUAAGUCUACAUAUGUUGGACUAGCUGCACCUGGAUAUGCUGGAUCAUGGAAACGUGAAUCUAAGGGCUAUCAAUUCUGGACACGAACUGAUGAAACUAGUUCGUUCACCAUAACAAGCGUUCGAGCAGGCAAGUACAACUUGUAUGCUUGGGUACCAACUGUACUCGGGGACUUCAAACAUGAAUUCAACAUUGUAAUCAAACAAGGAAGCAAAGUUGAACUUGGCGACAUUGUGUACACUCCUCCAAGAAAUGGGUCGACACUGUGGGAGAUCGGAAUUGCUGAUCGUACCGCAGCUGAGUUCUACAUUCCUGAUCUAGACCCUACCCUAGUAAACAAACUAUUCAUCAACCACACUGACAAAUAUAGACAAUAUGGCUUAUGGGAGAGAUACGCACACUUGUAUCCUGAUCAAGAUCUCACUUACAUUGUUGGAAAGAGCGACUAUCGCAAACACUUGUUUUUCGCCCAUGUAAACAGAAAGGUAAAGAGAGGCUAUAAACCAACCACAUGGAAGAUAAUAUUCGACACAACGAAUUUGACGAGGGGAGCAAAUUACACACUGAGGCUGGCAUUAGCUUCUGCUCAAUGUGCUAACAUACAAGUAUGGAUCAACGACGAUCCAAAUGGUAAUCUCUCUCACUUUGAGACUGGAAGAAUUGUGAAAGAUAACGCGAUAGCGAGACAUGGGAUUCAUGGGCUAUACUGGUUGUAUAGUAUAAAGGUAGACGGAUUUAAUCUUGUGCAUGGAACAAAUACCAUUUAUCUCAAGCAGUCACUACAGUUUGGCGCUUUCAACAGUGUUUUAUAUGAUUACAUUCGCCUGAAGCCCACCUACUAG